AAGCACCUCCCUUGUCACCUUGAGUUGUAGGUAGCAAAGAAAAGAUAAAAACAUGGCUAAGUUUAUAAGGUUUUGUUUGUUUUUCAUGAUGUUAACAAUUAGUUCAGUAGUAGGAGAUGGCGAUUAUGCAUACGAUUACGAUGAUGCAUAUGCCCCAGCGCCAGCAUCGAUACCGGCAUCGACGUCAGCGGUACCAGCGCCACCACCGGCAUCGACGUCAGCGGUACCAGCGCCACCACCGGCAUCGACGUCAGCGGUACCAGCGCCACCACCGGCAUCGACGUCAGCGGUACCAGCGCCACCACCGGCAUCGACGUCAGCGGUACCAGCGCCACCACCGGCAUCGACGUCAGCGGUACCAGCGCCACCACCGGCAUCGACGUCAGCGGUACCAGCGCCACCACCGGCAUCGACGUCAGCGGUACCAGCGCCACCACCGGCAUCGACGUCAGCGGUACCAGCGCCACCACCGGCAUCGACGUCAGCGGUACCAGCGCCACCACCGGCAUCGACGUCAGCGGUACCAGCGCCACCACCGGCAUCGACGUCAGCGGUACCAGCGCCACCACCGGCAUCGACGUCAGCGGUACCAGCGCCACCACCGGCAUCGACGUCAGCGGUACCAGCGCCACCACCGGCAUCGACGUCAGCGGUACCAGCGCCACCACCGGCAUCGACGUCAGCGGUACCAGCGCCACCACCGGCAUCGACGUCAGCGGUACCAGCGCCACCACCGGCAUCGACGUCAGCGGUACCAGCGCCACCACCGGCAUCGACGUCAGCGGUACCAGCGCCACCACCGGCAUCGACGUCAGCGGUACCAGCGCCACCACCGGCAUCGACGUCAGCGGUACCAGCGCCACCACCGGCAUCGACGUCAGCGGUACCAGCGCCACCACCGGCAUCGACGUCAGCGGUACCAGCGCCACCACCGGCAUCGACGUCAGCGGUACCAGCGCCACCACCGGCAUCGACGUCAGCGGUACCAGCGCCACCACCGGCAUCGACGUCAGCGGUACCAGCGCCACCACCGGCAUCGACGUCAGCGGUACCAGCGCCACCACCGGCAUCGACGUCAGCGGUACCAGCGCCACCACCGGCAUCGACGUCACCGGUACCGGCGCCCCCACCGGCUGUGGUACCAGCUUUGUUUGCUUUCGGAGACUCAUUGAUAGAUAGUGGAAACAACAACCAGCUUUUCUCAUUUGCCAAAGCCAAUUAUUUGCCUUAUGGCAUUGAUGUUGGUGGCCCUACUGGACGCUUCUCUAAUGGCUACACCAUCCUUGAUCAGAUCGGUGUGCUUCUGGGAUUGCCUCUGCUUCCAUCAUAUUCAGAGGAGUUCAACGUGGAUACAAUGUGUUUCGGAGUGAACUAUGCCUCUGCUGCUGCUGGUAUCCUUGAUGUUACUGGUUUUCACUUUGUGGAACGAAUCCCAUUCAGUUAUCAAAUAAAAAACUUUGAGAACACGUUGGUAAAUUUGAUAAAAAAUAUGAGUGCACCCAUUGUUAAAGAGGCAAUUCCCAAGUGCAUCUUCUUUGUGGGUAUGGGAAACAAUGAUUACCUCAACAAUUACAUUAUGCCUGUCUACUUUACUCAAGAUCAAUACUCUCCUCAAAAGUUUGCUGAAUUACUCGUUCAUCAGUACAAAGCUCAAUUAACAAAAUUGUACGAUCUUGGAGCACGGAAAUUUAUUAUUACUGGGAUUGGACAAAUGGGUUGCAUCCCAAGCAUGCUAGCAGAAACUUCAGGUGGUGGAUGUUCAGAAUCUGUAAACGAAAUGGUGCAUCCAUUUAAUUCAAAACUAAGGACAAUGAUCAUGAAACUGAACAAGGAUCUGGCUGGUGCACACUUCAUAUUCCUUGAUAUGGAAUAUAUGUUUAAGGAUAUCUUUAAAAACCACAAGGCGUAUGGGUUUAGUGUGAUAGAUCGUGGAUGUUGUGGUCUAGGGAAAAACCAAGGGGAAGUAACUUGUCUUCCAUUUGAAAUACCAUGUGCAAACAGAGAUGAGUACUUAUUUUGGGAUGCAUAUCACCCCACAUCUGCAGUAAAUCUCUUGCUUGGAAGAAUGGCUUUCUAUAAUGAUGCCAACUAUUCUUAUCCUAUCAAUAUUCAGCAGCUUGCUCUUAUCUGAUCUCAGAUGGAACUUCUACAUUACAUGAUCCGUCUUCCUUGUUAACUUACAUUUAUUAUCAGUUAUGAUGAAUUAAUUACAAUAAUUUAUGAAUAUCUUUCUUCC